CUGGGAGGUUCAUCAGCUGAUUGGGAGCGAUCAAAAUGAACCAAAAUAACACUUAAAUUGUAUCUUCCAGCAGACCUUAAACAUCGAUCGACAGCUGAGGAUAUUCUGGUGGGACAGUUUUGACAUGCUUGAUUUGGAUUGUCAUCAUGGACAAGAUUUUGGAGGGCCUCAUCAGCUCUGAUCACGCUGUUCCAGUGAAGAGGGCCAUUGUGAAGAAGGUAGUGGAAGCAGCAGAGAAAGCAGUGACGGAGGAGCAGUGUCAGGCGUUGUUCACUCUCACUACUCGCCUCAUCUUACUUGGUGAAGAUGCUUUUCAGAAGCAGGUUGGCUUCCAGGUCCUGGAGGCCUACGCACGUUACCACCGCCCAGAGUUUGAACGUUUCUUCAGCAAAGACUUUGUCCUCAGUCUGCUCCAGCAGGGCUAUGGCCAGCUGGAGCGCAAAGACCCAGCCACAAUAGACUACAUUCACUGCUGCCUGCGGCUACUCAUCAGCUGCCCCUCAGUGCUGGAGAUCUUCAGCGUGAUCCAGGUGGAGGUUUUAAGAAUGGUGUGCGAACGUCCCGAGCCUACCCUUUGUGCCCACCUGAGCACCAUGCUGUCAGACUUUUUGCAGUGCAUCCCGAAGGACAAGUCAGGCGUUUUGUUCUGCCAGCAGCUGGUGAGGACCAUUAGUUACUUCCACUGCUUUGCAAGCCAAGAGCAGGAGCUGAGAGAGUAUGUAGAGCAGGUGACGAAGGUUAGCACACUGCUGCAGAACAUCUGGAAAGCUGAUCCAGCUACACUGCUGCCCUCACUGCAGGAAGUCUUUGCCAUCAUCUCUUCCACAGAUCCCUCCUUUGACCCAUCCAUCGCCUUGGCCAGUCUGGUCCAGCACAUCCCAGUCCAGAUGAUCACAGUGCUUAUCAAGAGUCUCACCACAGACCAGAACGUUAAAGACGCAAGCAUGACUAAAGCCCUCUGCAGAAUGAUCGACUGGCUUUCCUGGCCUCUGGCCCAACAUGUUGAUACCUGGGUCAUUGCUCUACUGAAAGGACUGGCUGCAGUUCAGAAGUUCACUAUCCUCAUUGAUGUUACUCUGCUCAAAAUUGAACUGGUAUUUAGUCGUCUGUGGUACCCCCUUGUACGACAGGGGGCGCUUGCUGUCCUCUCCCAUAUGCUGCUCAGUUUCCAGCACUCUCCGGAGGCCUUCCAUUUGGUUGUUCCACAUGUGGUGCAUCUAGUCCAGUCCCUGAGGACAGAUGGCCUCUCCACCAGCAAAGCUUUCUUGCUGCAAUUCACUGAGCUCAUACACUGCAUGAUGUACCAGUACUCUGGCUUCCCUGACCUCUAUGACCAUAUACUAGAGGCCAUCAAGGAUCUCCCAAAACCAGGAGAAGAGAAGAUCAAGUUGGUGUUGAAUCAAAGUGCCUGGACAUCCCAGUCCAACUCAUUUGCCUCGGGUCCACUUAGGCAAGUUGGGAAGUCGGAAACAGGCAAAACUGGCCUGGUGAACCUGGGGAAUACUUGUUAUAUGAACAGCAUCAUACAGACCCUCUUCAUGGCCACGGAUUUCAGGCGGCAUGUUUUAUCAUUACGUGUGAAUGGUUCCAACACACUAAUGAAAAAGCUCCAGCUGCUCUUUGCAUUCCUUGCACACACUCAGAGGGCAGCAUACGCCCCCAGAAACUUCUUGGAAGCAUCUCGACCUCCCUGGUUCAAUGCGGGCUCUCAGCAGGACUGUUCGGAGUACCUCCGAUUUCUUCUGGACAGGUUACAUGAAGAGGAGAAAACACUUCAGGUACUGGAAUCAGCUAAGCCAAAGGUUGCCUCCCCUGUUGACUCAAGCAGCACAGACCCAACAGGUCAGACUUCGCCAGAGGAGGAUGAAGAGUGCACUUUGACUCCAGCAGAAACCAAACCUGAUGAUGAUAAAAGGACUCUGACAGAGAAAAUGUUUGGCGGGAAGCUGGUCACAGGUAUUCGCUGUAUGCAGUGCAACAGCAUCUCUGAGAAAGAGGAGCCUUUUACAGACCUCUCUUUGGCCUUUUGUCCCUCUACAACUUCUCAGAAUGGUGCUCAACCUGAGGGGCCCUCUGAGGAGCCCAAGAUUCUUUGUCAGGGGUCUGUCAAUGGUGGCAGUGAAAUUCCUGAGCCAGGCUCGGCCAAAACCCCAACCAGCCAUGUCCAUUUUGUGCCAGUGACAAAUGAGCCUCCUCUCUCUGUGCCUGACUUGGUGAACUAUUUCCUGGCUCCAGAGAUCCUGGAUGAAGAGAAUGCCUAUUUCUGUGAGAAGUGUAGCUCUCUCCAGCGGGCAGAGAGGAGCAUGAAAGUAGUGUCAGCGCCUGAGUACCUGAUCCUCACCCUGCUGCGGUUCUCUUACGAUGCCAAAUGUCACGUCCGCAGAAAGAUUCUAGACAAUGUCACCAUCCCGCCUCUCAUGAGACUACCUGUUCAUGACCCUUCAAUGCCUUCAACAUGUUCCUCUUCCACAUCCUCCCCUCUACAAGUGGAUUCUCCAGAGAGCAGUGAGAAUUUGGCCAAGAAGCUUAAACCAUCGCAGAAAGAUGAGGAGGAUGAUGAGAACGAGAGAAUCGAUGGAGUGGAGCAGAUUCACAGAGGAGGAAACACGCUCGUCCAGUCAGUGCCCUAUGUCCUCAGCUCAGUGGUGAUGCAUUCUGGUAUAUCAUCUGAGAGUGGCCACUACUACUCUUACGGUCGUAACAUCAAUGGAGCUGAUGGAGCACAGCAUUCAGCCAAUUGCUUUGCCCUCAAGGAGGAUUUGGGGAAUGGCCAGGCCGAGAGCAGCCUCUCCACUUGUUCAGCUCUCUCAAUUCCACCUGAGCAAGCAGACACACUUCCAAAUAGUGGCCAGGAGGCAACGGAUUGGCUGCUGUUCAAUGAUAGCAGAGUGACAUUCACAUCCUUUCAAUCAGUGCAAAACAUUACUAAUCGCUUCCCCAAGGACACAGCUUAUGUGCUCAUGUACAGGAAACAGGAGCUACCAGGGCAGAACAUGAAUGGGGGACUGAUGGCAAACGAAAUGAGAUUGAGUGCUGAGCCUCCCCUGCAGAAAGAACUACUGGAUGCUAUCAUCAAGGACAACAAGCUGUAUUUACAGGAACAGGAGCUCAAUGCCCGGACCCAGGCUCUCCAGGCCCCUUCAUCCUCCUGCUCAUUCAAGCCCAAUGGUUCAGAUGACAAUAACCCACCAGGGAGCUGCGGCCCAUCUGGUGGAGGAGGAGGGGGAGGGGGCUUCAAUACCAUUAGUAGACUGGUCUUCUGAACCAAAAAAAAAGGCUGCAGGAAACCAAGAUGAACUGACACCAAGGGAGUCCUGGACUGCUUCGUACAGGAGUCUGAACUGUCAUACCAUAGAUGUGCAUAUAAUCUAAUUAAAAAAUAGCUCUGAAAUUAUCUUAGAACACUCACACAAAUGCAAACACAGAAUAUCUGCGUUGAUUCUGAACCUAUAUUUGAUUUUGUUCACAGGUUUGAUUGAAACAGUUUUUAUACCACUGUUUUAGGAUUCAGCAUUUAACCAUUUUAAUUUAUUUAGAUACUUUAGGUGGACAAGACUCAUUGAUGCGAAGGUAUUUUCUCCUUUAUGUAAAAAAAAAUAUGGCUAAACUUUGCUCUUAUUAAAGUAACUUCAACAGCUAUUAAUUUCCUAAUAAAAAAAUAGUAUUUCCAGUUUUAUUGAUAAACAUGUGAAAUUGGUUCAGUCUUGAACCUUCACACAUUAUCUGACUGAGUGUUUAUGACAUUACCUCACACAAACCACACACAAACAUAUGCAAACACAUGCAUGUGCAGUGCACAGUACAGAAGAGCGCAUUCAGCUGUAAAAUAAACAGACUUUUUUUGAUUUGUCAUAUUUCUGCACACACAGCUCACAAUCUUUGUUUACUUUUCUGAUUUGCAUGCAGGUUUUCUUCAUGAGCUGUGGUUGAUUUUCAAGAUAUUUGGAUCUUUUUUGAUGUGUACUUUGGUGUUUUAUAGGUUUCAUAUCACAUGCAAUAAAUGUACAUAUGACUUAAAAUAUUGAGAAUAAUCAUGGAAUACAAAACUACAAUAUAUGAUAAAUUGAAAACUAUAUAUGGGAAAUUUUAAAGAUUUGGGCAUUUUCAAUAUGAAUAUUUAAAACUGUUUUCACACUAUCAGCUAGUGUGAGCAACAGAUUUAAAUUGCAGAGUAAUUGUUUAAACAUAUUUGACAACAGUUUGACAGCAUAUUUUAAUGUAUUCCUCUAAUUUGAUCAUUCAGGGAAACUUUAGUGUUCAUGCUGGUUUCAUGUGCCUUGUGAUAUUUAAUGCAGAUUUUUAAAACAGAACUUGUCAGGAUGUACACCUCAGCUGUACUGUGUUAAUAUCCAUACUAGCUUCACUUUUCCCUACAGUAAAAGCAAAUCUGCAUUUGUUGUAUUGUCUUACUUGUCCAGGAAGUUUGUUUUAAGGUAAAGUUAUUUAUAAAGUGCUGAUUUGGCAAAUUGAUGGGCAGAUUUUACGGACUAAACAAUAAAUGUAAUAUGAAAGGCAUGCCACUAAAUUAAAAAAAGAAAUGGAAGAGGAACGGCAGUUGAUAAAUUGGCACUAUUGAGCAUGGCAAGACAGAGUGUCAGAUGAAUUCUGGAAACCUUAAAUCAAUAUCUGUGAAGACAAGCCAAACACUAAAUUUAUGAGUUUGUUGUUUUGCGCAAGCAUACCUCAUUAUCUGCUUUUCCUUGCGUGUCAGAUUUCAUAAUUUCAUAUUUCCACUGCAGAGAAUAUAUUGACCACUGGGUGGCAUUGCUGGUACUACAUCUUUCCUUGAGGUACUUUUUUGUUUUUGAUUGAGUAGAUCACCUGCUGAGCAUAAUUUAUAUUGGGUUUCUUUGCAGUAUAUAAAGACCUUGUCAUCAGCAGUCCCAGUUCUCUUCUGGGAGCGAGUGUGGCAUGAUGGAUUUGAAGAUGCAAAUAAUACAUUUUUUUAAUUAAUGAAAUGCUUAAAAAUGAAAACAGUUUAAUGUAGAUACUUCAGACCUCAAGAAUUAUUCUCAAAAACAUGGACAUUUUUAGUAUGUAAGUGAUUUUGUUGAUU